AUGUUUAAGAAAAAAGAACCAUACGACGCAUGCGCAGCUUCUGUGCAAACCAUUGGGACAAAGGCAGAGUUCCAGACUGACUCGUUGAUGCAGAAUCUGUCAAGAGAAAACCUGAAUGAGCUGUUUCCUGGAUCAGAACAUCUAAAGCUGAGAAAGACCAUCUAUGAAAUCCUUCAUGAUCAGAAGCAAACUCAUCAGUUCCUGAAAAAUCUUGAAGAUUUUAUCCAACAAGACUCUUUCAACGAUGUUGCUGUAACAGAAUACCUCCACAGGAUAAACAACAUAAAGGAUCAGCUGGAUCAGAUGCAGACUGUCCUUGGAGCUCAUAAAAUGCAAGAGGACACCAACAAAGAACAGGUUUCUCAAAGAGAGCCAGAUGUUCAGACAGACUCAGAGAUCCAAACUCCUCAAGAGGAGCCUAAUGAGCUGUUAGCUGGACAAGAGGAUCUAAAUAUUCAGAAGAAAAGUCAGCUCCAGGAUGAACGUGGAGAAGUUACCCAACAAAACUCUCUCAGGGCUUCUUCUACAGAGGGUGAAACAGUGUUGACUCUGCUUCAGGAAAUAGAAAAAAACAACCCAGAAGCAGCUUCUGAACUGAAAAAUUUCCAGACUGAUUCAGGGAUCAAGAGCCUGACUCCAGAAGACUUGAAUGAGCUGUUUCCUGGAUUAGAUAAACUGGAGAUAAGAAAGAUCAUCUAUGAAAUCCUUCAUGAUCAGAAGCAAACUCAUCAGUUUCUGAAAAAUCUUGAGGAUUUUAACCAACAAGACUCUCUCAAUGAUGCUGCUGUAACAGAAUACCUUCACAGGAUAAACAACAUAAAGGAUAAGCUGGAUCAGAUGCAGACUGUCCUUGAAGCUCAUGUUAAAAUGCAAGAGAACAUCGACAAAAAACAGGUUUCUCAAAGAGAGCCAGAUGUUCAGACAGACUCAGAGAUCCAAACUCCUCAAGAGGAGCCUAAUGAGCUGUUAGCUGGACAAGAGGAUCUAAAUAUUCAGGUGGGUAAAGCUUAAUCCCUUCCAUGCAUUUACAAACACAUUCUUACGAUUGUUUUUUUUUUUUGUUUGUCACAGAAGAAAAGUCAGAUCCAGGAAGAACAUGGAAAAGUUACCCAUAAAGACUUUCUAAUGAGUGUGUGCAAAACUCAGUUUUUACUUUCACUUUUUUUUUUUUUUUUGAAUCAUCAAUUUUGUUGUUCUGAAAAACCUUUCC